AUGAUGACUCGAUUAACGUUUGGAGGUAGUAUUUUGUUUAAUUCAUCUGGUAUACAAAAUUUUAUGAAUCUAUCUUAUGCAUUAUUAAUGAAACAUGCUCAUUGUGACAAUAAUAGCCAAUGUAUAUUACAUUGUAUAUUCAAUUCUAAUUAUUAUCAAGUAGGACAAACUUUAUUUUUAAGUCGACCAAAAGAUUAUCAACUCAUGACUCCAAAUCUUAAUAUUGAAAGUAUUAAACAAAUAUCGCCAACAGAUUUUAAUAUUACAUUAACAGUUGAUCGACCAGCUUUAUUUGUCUGGCUUGAUAUAACAGCUAAUGUAACUGGUUAUUUUUCAUGA